UAGGGUUUUGGAGUCGGGAGAUCGAGAUGCAACCAUGAUGGAUGUGGGGGAGAGAGCGAGACCACCAGGAGAUCCACCAGAUGCGGUAAUCUCGUGGGCAGCUAAGGCAGCGGGUACGAACGGGGGAGGCAUGCCAAAUCCAGAGAGUAUUAUGGAUGAUUCGUUUGUGGCGGAGCGGCUUCGGGUGGACUUUCCGAAUGGGGAGGAUGGUGAACCAUCAAUCACGAUCGAAUCGGAAGUGCUGGAAGCGAUGAACGGGAUGUGGAAGCAGUGUAUGAUUAUUAGGGUUUUGGGAAGGAGUGUCGUGAUAACUGCCUUGAACAAGAAACUAAGAGAACUAUGGCGUCCGAAGGGAGUAAUGCAUGUAAUGGACUUACCAAGACAAUUCUUCAUGGUUCGGUUCGAGAAGGAAGAAGAUUACUUGGCAGCGUUAACAGGAGGCCCAUGGAGGGCUUUUGGUAGUUAUCUCAUGGUGAGAGCUUGGUCGCCAGAGUUUGAUCCCCUCAGAGAUGACAUUGUUACGACACCGGUUUGGAUCAGACUGUCGAACAUCCCAGUGAAUUUCUACCACCGAUCAAUACUCAUGGGCAUUGCUAAAGGACUGGGGAGACCAAUUCGUGUUGAUCUGACCACAUUGAAUUUUGAAAGGGCAAGAUUUGCGAGAAUAUGCGUUGAAGUGAACCUUGCAAAGCCUUUGAAAGGGACAGUGCUAAUAAAUGGAGAGAGAUACUUCGUAGCCUAUGAGGGUCUAUCAGUUAUUUGUUCAAAAUGUGGAAUUUAUGGACAUUUGGUGCAUGGAUGUCCGAAGAUGAUUGCGGAAAGAAUGGCUAACUUGGCCGUAAAUGCAGAGCCGCAGGCCAAGAAUGGACUGGAAAAUAGACAAGAACAGCAAAUGCAAGAGGAUGGUUUUGUUCGGGUAAAGGGACCAAGGAGAGGGUCGCAGAUGCGGACCAGACAGACAAAGAAUGUGAUGGGUGAAACUAGUGGAGAGGCAAGUCAGAACCAAGAGAUCGCUCACGGUGGGAAAACCGCAGAGAUUGCUUUAUCUAAUAAAUACGGGAGUUUGGAGAUGGACACAAACUUGGGAGAAACACGGGAAGAUUUUGUUGUGGGAGAAGAGAACAAGGAGAAUCAGGAUAUGAAUGUGGAUAGAAACAGAGGUAAGGAAAUCUCGCGUGGCAAAGAGACUAUGAUCUUUGGCGGGAAAGCAAACAUAAUGACGGGUUUGAAAGUGGGGAACAAAGAUAAGUGGGCUGGGGAUAAGAAGACAGGAGAGGGACCACGGGGAAGGCCCAAAAAAUUGAAUAAUCGGCCCGCUCGAGGGUUGGUUUUUGGCCCGACCAAAGGUGAGAUCAGUCUAUCGGAGUCUGGUAAGAGACUGAGAGUGGAGAGGUUGGAUGCAGGGAGAGAUGUUGAUCUAUUCAGAGAAAAUGCGGCGGCAAUUGGGGUUGCAGAGAAACCGCUGCAGUUACGAGAUGAGGAACUGGCAAAUCCGAUGGAUAAUAUCACCAGCGAGAUGGAACAAGGAGACUCGGAGAUACAGACGAGCUCGCAGGGAGAUGGAAGGGUUUUGUCCCUUGCAUAA